ACGUCUAGCGAAUCGCUACAAAAUAUGACGUUUUUCCAAAAUGGCGUCACCAGCCUUCGCACCUAUAUUUUGUUCUCCUUCUUACAAAUCUCGUAACGAAGCAUUUUGAAGGAUUUUUUAAUUUCCCAAGAAGGAUUUUUGCGUGAAUUCUGGGACGUGAUUUCGAGCGCGGAUACAAAAAGAAUACAAAGCACAAGUACUUUCUCUUCUCAGGCGACAUCUGGCAACCAAUAGAAAAACAAGAAAGUGGGAAAGACGCUGGACCAUGAAAUAGCUGAGUCGAUGAUGUGACCAGUGGUAUCCAGGUCAACGAUCACUGCAAGCGAAAUAAAGAUAGAAGACAUGUAACAGACUGACCGGUGUUGCAGUUUUAGAGAAAGGUGCACCCAAUGCCGACAUGCAGGAGUGGGUUCUGGUGCUGACGGUGUUAGGGGUCACCGUAGGGCUCAUCUUUAUCGCCGUCGUCCUCUGGAAACUCUUGGGAGGCUGGUCGCGUAUUCAUUCCUGCGUCAAGGGAGACAGGGAAGAAACAGCUCAACUCACAAAGAACGGGCACUUCGGGGCAAACGGAUACGUAAGCUCUGAAUCCGAUAUUGCGUUGGACCUAAGUGGCAAUUACAAGCACUACGACAACGUAGGUAACGACUUGAAACUUGUGACUGGCGUCGAGAGUAAAGAGACCAACAACCACAUCAUCUCAUCGCCCUCGCCAACUACCAAAGCCAACGGCAACGCUCUCCAGUUGGACACCGUCGACGAGAACGACCAGGAAGACACCCUAUUUUUAGAGAAGUCGAAUACACCUACCCUGAAACGAGCUAUCUCCUGUGAUAGUAUCAUGUCGAACUCAUCAGUAGCAGCCGAAGCCCUUGAAUCACCUCAUCACUGCGGAGAACUAGAACUAGGACUAGAAUAUGACACUGAAACUGAAGAUUUAAUAGUGAUAAUCAACCGAGCCAGGGACUUAGUGGGACCGAUACCCAAUUCUGUCGUGGACAGUUACAUCAAAGUAUUUCUUCUCCCAGACAGAUCGACAAACAUGCAGACAAGAAUCCAGAGAAAAAGCAACAACCCAGUCUUCAAAGAGCGAUUUCUGUUCGGUGUGGACGAGGCAGACGUACCACACCGCUCUCUGCUCUGUACCGUCUUCACUUGUGAUAAGUACACCAACUCCAUGCUCGGAGAGUGUGAGGUCAAAUUGUCCGAUGUGGACCUCGCACAGCCUUACAUGGGGUGGUUCCCCAUUGUCGAUUCCAAUCAGGGCCCAGCUGAACUGGGUGAUAUCAUGUUCUCAUUGAGCUAUCUGCCGACUGCCGAAAGGCUGACAGUGGUCAUCGUGAAAGGGAGAAAUUUGCGAUGGGAAAAGUCAGCCAAUUCCGCUGAAUUCAACCCAUUCGUUAAAGUAUACCUUCUUCAAAAUGGGAACAAAUUUGCUAAGAAGAAAACGUCAGUGAAGAAAAACGAAAGAGAUCCAAAUUUUAACGAAGCAAUGAUUUUUAAUGUACCUUCGAAUGCCUUACAGAAUAUGCAAUUAAGAAUCACAGUUGCUGAUGCUCAAAGUUCUGGAAAAUGUCCAGCUGUUGGUCACGUGUUCGUCGGUCCUUACUGCAAAGGAAAGUCCCUCUCCCACUGGAACCAAAUGAUGUCUUCCUUACGAAAGCCUGUUGCCAUGUGGCAUCCGCUACGGAAAAUGCCUGAAUUCUGAAAAAUAAACAUUGAACAGCAAGUGUUCUAUUCAUCACUUGAAAACAUUACACAUGAUUAGAAAGUUUAUCAUUCUUAGCUAGGCACCAUAGAUAUUAUACUGUGCUUAAGCUUAGCUUGCAUGGCAACAAAAGUAAACAGAUCGACUUAAGACGAUCCUAUGACUGUGUUUAAACGUCACAUAAGAAGUUUAGGUUUUGAAACGACGCCGACAACUACUAUUUUUGCUUUUGUUCAAACGAUAUAAAAAAAAGCAAGAGGCAAGAAACGGAGGAAGCAUUUUUGGAAACAUUUGAAUUCGAUUUGUAUGAUAUAGGAAAUAUCCUGAAAUAAUAAAGUUGCCCCAAAUUAAAAAGGGAUUAUUCAAAACCAUA